AUGGCAGUUUCGGUUAAGUUAGAUACAAAUGAGUCUCUUAAAAAUGAAGAUAUAUCAUCUAAAUUCGUAGAGGGACAGUUUCCCGAACGUAUCAUAUUCCCAGAGGAAUUAAAUAAAUUUUUGCAAGAUCGCAUUCAUGAUUUAACAGCGGAGAAUGAAUGUUUGCGACGAGCGUUUGAGCAAGCAGAGGAGAAGUUGCGUAAACUGUCACAAGAAAAAUUGAAUUGGCAAAAUGCAAUAGGAAAGUCGUCUGAACCGGCUAAGACAAAGUUAAUGGAACUUGGCAAGAAAUAUAGAAAUCAAAUCGCCGAAAUGGAAACUCUAAAAACGAAGUGCAAGAAUUUAGAAGCCACUCUGCUUAUCAAAGAUGACGAGCUGGAGCGCCAAAGAGCGGAAUUGCAACAGAUUCUCAAAUCUGAAACGUACAAGAAUUUCGGUAAUAAUGGAAAUCAGAAUAACACAAGGGAAAAAGAUUCAAAGAAUAAUUUAUCAAGCAAAGAUGAUGAACGAAUUAAAUGUUUGAAAAACAAGCUGCAGCGAGUUCAAACAAAACUUUGUGAAUCUAGAAAUACAUGCGCUAUUCUUCGACAAGAGAUUAAUAAAGCACAAAAGUUGUUGUACAGCGAAGUGGGUGAAAAUAUUAAUAUCAACACGCUUUCGAGUAUACCGGGUAAUUGGCGUGGGCGAGCCGAGCAAAUUCGAAAUUUGCAACAGAAAGUGGCAGAACUGCAGAUCAAAUUGUCUGAACACGAGAAAUCGCAGAAAGAAUCUUCUGUUAUCCUAGAUCGACAAAAUAUAGCAAAUCUCCGAAUUGUUGAAAAGGAAAGACGACAACAGAUCGAAAAUACAGCGAAGGAAUUGAGACAAGCAGAAGUAGCAUUGGAGACUUCGAAAAGGAAGCUCGAUGCUUCCAAAGCGAGAAUAAAAGUAUUGGAACACGAAUUAAAUAUCGCGAAGGGGAACAUUGCGAUGCUGAAUGAAAAAAGAUCUCAUGAUGAUCGUCUGAUCGACGCGCUUAAUGAACGAUUGAAAAUUGUCGAGGCAAGAUAUCAAGAGCGCGAAAUGGAAGUGCAGAAUAAGGAACAUAAGAUCGAACGUGAGAAUGCAAAUAUAAAAAAUGAGCUUCGAGCAAUGCAAUUACACGUCGAUCAGUUGUGCAGAAGAUUGGAGGAACGCGAGAUCGAGAUCGACAAGUUGAAAAAUGGCAUCAUAUCGAAUGAAUCUCUGAAGUGUCAAACCCCGUUUCGUUCAGAUCUCCGGUUAAAAGAGGAGCACCAGAUUAGUCCACUCACUAGUUCGCGAAAUUUAGGCGAAGCAAAUGAAUAUGUAACCUUGGCUCUAGCUGCCGAAGCCGAACGGGUGAGACUAUUAGAACUGGUAACCGUGCUCAAUCAACGCUUGGAUAAGGAAAGAAACGAAGCAAAUUCAUUUAUAGAACUGCUGCAUAAGGAAAAAAGUAAAUGUGCGAAAUUAGAGUCAAAAUUGCGGAAUUUGGAAAAAGAAAGAGUGGGUCUUGUUAAAGUGGAUUCCGGAUAUCGAGCAAAAUCUUAUACAAAAUCCAUGUUGAGUUUAAGAUCCGAAGAAGAAACUAUCAAUUCCGAAGAAGUUUGUUUCAAAAUCGAAUUAUUAGAAGAGGAGUGUCUCGCCCUGAAGGCCAGAUUAGAUACUAUACAACAGGACAAAGUCUCAGAUCUCGCCAUGUACAAACAAAUGCUGGAUCAAGCUCGAAAAACGUUCAAAGAUGCAUGCAGGAACAAACCAUUGAUCGCGGGUGGAAGUCGUUCUACUGUAACAAUUUAAAAAAGAAAAAAAGAAGAAAAGACGAAGCGAUAUUCGAAAAAUAAAUUUCAGGCUUUAAUCUCAAGUUAUUUUUUUCAGGGGGAAAAUAACUGUGUUACAAAUAAAAUAAAACAUUCUUACACAUAUAUAGUACACGCAACAGUCGUCUGCGAUCGGAAUAGAUGAAGUAGCAACAAAGCCGCGGCUCGCGGUGAUGUAACUAGGACACGAGAUAAGGUGCAACGCUUCCACGUAAACCCGCGUGACAUCGUCGGAACAAAACUCACAGUUUCGUUUCUACCUCGCGUCGUUCCUCUCCGGUCCCUCUUAACAUCGCUCUGAUGUUUACCUCGGUCAAUUCGUUUAUUCUCGCCAUUGAUAUCGCGACGCGGCCGUAAAUUCAUCCCGCUUUUCCUUACUCAAGAGUAGAACGCGAGACGAUUCCCAAUCUCACGCUCGAAUCUAGUCGGGAGUUUGAAAGUUUUUGGCGACAAUGCGUUCCCAAGAGCAUGCAAAUGGGAUUUUACAUCGCGCUGCGAUAUAGAUAGCAAAAUGAAAAAAUUCCAUACACAUAUUAUUAUAUAUGCCUACAUUUUUAUAUAAGAUGCUUAGUAAAGUGUAACUUCGU